AUGGCCUCGGACACUACACCAAAUCCCCAUUCCUCCAUUUUCCUCGUCUCAGCCGCCCGCUCGAGCGCCCAAUUUCUCCUCCAAAAGCUACGCCAUGACCCCGCCCUCGUUCUCCCCAAGCCUCCUUCAGAAGCCCAAUCAAACGGCUCAGAACUGACUCAGAGCGCACCAGGACACACAGUGCCGUGGACGAUCACGAACAAGUACUACACCGCCGACGUCUCCGUGCGCGUGCACGACCUCCCCACGUGUCCGACCGAGCGCAGGGGCGUGCCCGCGCUCGUGUACGUCUGGGCGCACGGCGAGCCCUACAGAGCACAGGUGACGCAGCUCGCGAAGCGCUUGUAUGCGGACGACUUUGAGGUCGCGCUCGCUGUGCGUGUGCCCCGGAACGCUGGCUUUGGCUCUGGUUCUGCGUCUAGUGAUGCCUCAAAACUCGACGAUACCACAGGUCCGCCGCCGCCGCCGUUAUCUCCAUCGGCGCCUGGACCGAGCCUUAUAGGCGUAGAAUUGGACGAGGACGAGGACAUCGACGCGUACCUCGUCGAGAAUGGGUUCGAGUUCGUCGAUGUGCGCGAGGAGAGCCUCGGCGCUGAGAAUCAGGAUCGGGAUACGGACGACGGUGCGGGCGGACGACAUGACAUCCCGGGCCUCGGACGCGUCGUUGACGCGCUCAGCACGAUCAUGUGGCCCUCGCUCGUGCGCGUCGACAGGCCCGCGCGGCUCAGCACGUGGGCGCCGCGCUUGCCCCGCAAUGCCAAUGUGAACGUGGGCGGUACUGCCGAUGACCACAAUGGGGAGGGGGACGAUGAAGAAGGCUCUAUGGCGGACCUAGACGACCUCAGCGGGCUCGUGCGGCCCCCAGCGGACCCGCACACGCGGCAUGCGCAGAUGGCCCGCGAGCUCGCGGCGCUCGAGCGCUGGUUGGACGACGGGAUGUCGGAUUCGUCUGCGGAAGGCGGCGGCGACGGCGGCGGUCACGCUCACGCUCGAGACGCGGAGGACAAGGUACCGAUCUCGCUCAGCAAAGAGCUCUUCGUCGAUCCGCGCGCGCGGGAGUCAACAGCCGCGGCGGAAUUCGUCGACUCGCCCGUGGCGACCGGGUUCGACGACGAUUUUACGGUAUUCGUCUCCGCACCCCCGUCUGGCGAGGCUGGAGCUGCGACGUUGUCUCUGCCAGUAUCGGCGCGAACGUGGCAGGAGGGAGAGGGCUCGUCGCGUCUGCGAGCGGACAGCAUGGCGCUGGGCAUGGGCGCAGUGGAGGCACACUCGCCCCGGCGGAGGCUUGGCUCGUCCGCGAGCUUCGGGUCGACGUUUAGCUUCAAUGAAGAGGAUGAUCGUGAGCGCGAGCGUGAUUCCGCAAGAGGCGAAGGCGAAGGUGAAGAUGGCAGCGGGCGGUCGACGCCGGCACAGGACGACGCGCACCUUACGCCUCAUCAUUCGAGCGGGGUGGCGUACCAUUCCCUUGGAUCUGUAUCGGAUUUCGGCGCAGGCGAUGGCGAGGACGAAGAUCUGCCAUCGCAAGCGGAGAUCGCGCAGACCGCACAGCGGAUAUUUGGUCGCGAUGCUGGCCAACUGCAGUCGACCAAAUCACCCAGUACCAACAUCACGGCUAGUGGCACUUCAGACGUGUUCAAAGCGCGUUCACCAGCAACGUCAGACGCGACGGACUCCGAUGCAGCGCCGGCCGAACUGGAGGCGUUCGACCUACAGAGCGUGUUCGGUGCGCUGCAGGGCCUCAAGGAGGAGAUAUCGCUGAUGCCGGAUGACGCUGAGCGGCGGCGGGCGGCGGCGAGGGUUGCGUUGGGGCUGGUGUAUGGGAUGGGGGAGGAGUAAUGGCUUCAUGCACAUAUGGUUUUUACUUCUUGUUGUGUCCCUGGACGUCUGUUCUUUCUUUCGAAUUACUUCACGAUUAAUUGUCUUUCAAUUUUUG